AUCUUCCUCAAUGUAAAAAAUAUAUAUCAUUAUAUACAGCAAUAUAUAUAUAGAAAAUACUUUUUUUUUUUUAUUAGAAGAAGAAGAAGAAGAAAGAUAACAACUUUCUCAGUCAACAAACACCAACGAGAAAAACAAGAACAAAAGUUUUGAAUUUUUGACUCUAGCAUUGGCUGAUGAUUGCUGUUUUAAACUAAGAGCACCUGAUAGAUAAAAGGAACAUGGUGAUUGAUAAAUAGAUAAAAGUUUCUUGCUGAUCUUGUUAUCGGGGAGACUUUAACUUCUGGAUUUUCCAAUUCCUGUCAAAAAGUUGUGAUUUUGAUGUUGGGUUCCUCUUUUUUUUUUUUUUGGUGAAGAGUGAGGAAGGGCUUGCAGCGGUUUUGAAAGUUACCUUUGUGUUUUGGUUUGACUGAGAUUGGCGAAAUUGGGGAUUGCCUUGCUGUGUGGAUAGAGAAGUGGGUUUGCUUUUGACUUUGUGGAUGAGUUUGCUUUGUGCUUAGAAGUAGAGAGAUUCAUUGAGAUCCUUGUUUGGGUGGAAAGCGUAAAUUAUUUGCUAGCACUUCUCUUCAAGUGGAUUUCAUGGACAUGGGAAAGUUGGAAUUUGGUACUUUUUGAUGAGUCAUGAUUUUCAUUGGAUUGGAUAGUGAAAUCUUUUAAAAUCAGUGUUGUGGUUGUUUGAGGUGGAAUUUUGUUUGUUUAUGUAAAUUAUGUUAAACAAGAUACUCAGUAAGCUUCCAAAAAAGUCGUCUAAAUCGACUGAAAAUCGUGAUUCUGGUCGAAAUGGAAAUCCUGUCACGAAGUCAAAUGCUUCUACUGGUUCAAAAAGCAGUGCUUUAGGGGAUAGUAAGUCAGGCAAGUUAAACACCACAUCUGUAACUGCCAAUAAUUCUGCUGCAGCUGCAGGACAAAUCAGUGGAAACAAGAUUCAGCAGUGUGUAAAUUCAAAGCUGAAUGGAAUUGUGGGGUUUUCUUCAUUUGAAGGAUUGCCUGGAUUUAGGGAUGUUCCUAAUUCUGAGAAGCAGAACUUGUUUAUAAGAAAGCUGAAUCUUUGUUGUUUUGUAUUUGACUUCACCGAUCCUACAAAGAACCUCAAAGAAAAGGAGAUCAAGCGACAGACAUUGUUAGAGCUGGUUGAUUAUGUAACUUCUGCAAAUGCAAAAUUUUCCGAAACUGUUAUGCAAGAAGUAAUAAAAAUGGUUUCUACAAAUUUAUUUAGGAUUCUGACUCCUCAACCACGUGAGAAUAAAAUUAUAGAUGGUGUUGAUUUGGAGGAGGAGGAGCCUUCUAUGGAUCCUGCAUGGCCGCAUUUGCAGCUUGUGUACGAGCUUUUCCUGAGGUUUGUGGCAUCAUCUGAGACAGAUGUAAAACCAGCUAAAAGAUUUAUCGAUCAAUUUUUCAUUCUCAAAUUACUGGAUUUAUUUGACUCCGAAGAUCCCAGGGAAAGGGGGUACUUGAAAACGAUACUUCACCGCAUCUACGGAAAAUUCAUGGUGCAUCGUCCAUUUAUCAGAAAAGCUAUCAAUAACAUUUUCUACCAGUUUAUUUUUGAGACAGAGAAGCAUAACGGGAUUGCUGAAUUUUUAGAGAUUUUGGGUAGCAUUAUUAAUGGGUUUGCUCUGCCUCUGAAAGAGGAACACAAAAUGUUUCUUGUUCGUGCUUUAAUUCCUCUGCAUAAGCCAAGAUGUUUGGCUAUGUACCAUCAGCCACUGUCAUACUGCAUUACGCAGUUUGUGGAGAAAGACUGCAAGCUUGCCGAUACUGUAAUAAGGGGUCUGUUAAAAUACUGGCCUCUCACUAAUAGUUCAAAGGAAGUCAUGUUCCUAAAUGAGCUGGAGGAAGUUUUGGAAGCGACUCAGCCACCAGAAUUUCAACGUUGUAUGGUGCCCCUGUUUCAGAAACUUGCUCGGUGUUUGAACAGUUCACACUUUCAGGUGGCUGAGAGAGCAUUGUUCUUGUGGAACAAUGAUCAUAUUGAGAACUUAAUCAUACAAAACCGCAAGGUUAUACUGCCCAUUAUCUUCCCUGCUCUGGAGAAAAAUGCUAGAAAUCACUGGAACCAGGCUGUACGUAGCUUGACUUUAAAUGUCCGCAAGAUUUUUGAUGAUCUUGAUCCUGAGUUGUUCAAUGAAUGCUUACAUAAGUUUCGAGAAGCAGAAAGGAAGGAGGAUGAAACUAAAGCAAGAUGUGAAGCCACAUGGAGACGUUUAGAAGGGCUUGCUGCUCAGAAAUCUUCGAAUAACAUACAAGCACUUAUUCCUCACAAAUCAGUCCCUCACACCACUUCAGGUUAGCAAAAGCAGAGAUUAUUAUUGGUAUUACCAUGGACAAUAAUUUUUUUUCCUAUUGAGAUCGAAUUCAUUCCAUUGAUAAUAUUAUUCAGGUGGUUGAAUGUACACAACAUGUUAAUAUAUCUAUUGCGGUCUCACCACAAUAUGUUAAGUCCUGCCAAUUAUCAAAGCCUAAUAAGCAUUUUGUAAAUUGAUCCGUGUGUUAUAAAUUUUACAUAGAGAGAUCGCUUCUUUUA